UUUCCUGCUGCAGAGAGAAGAGCGGCGUCGAGACAGACCGGGAAGACUGAGCACCACCUCCCACUAUAACUACACUAUACAAUGAAACUGUUAGCAAUAUCUCCCUCUCUCGAUAUCUGCUUCGUCACAGUUGUACUGCUGGUGAUGGGCCUCUCUACUCCUGGACAAGCAGAGAUCACCAGUUUAGACUCGGGCAACAUUGAUGACAUCCUAAAUAAUGCUGGGGUGGCAUUAGUUAACUUUUAUGCAGACUGGUGCAGAUUCAGUCAGAUGCUCCAUCCAAUUUUUGAGGAGGCGUCUAACAUAGUCAGGGAGGAGUUUCCGGACACCAAGCAGGUGGUGUUUGCUCGAGUCGACUGUGACCAGCAUUCGGACAUAGCCCAGCGAUACCGCAUCACCAAGUAUCCCACACUGAAGCUGUUCCGCAACGGGAUGAUGAUGAAGAGGGAGUACAGAGGCCAGAGGUCGGUGACAGCCAUCGCCGAAUUCAUCCGCCAGCAGCAGGUCGACCCAGUGAAAGAGAUGCACUCGUUGGAGGAGCUCAACGCCCUGGAUAGGGGCAAAAGAAACAUCAUUGGUUACUUUGAUAAGAAGGACUCUGAAAGCUAUCACACGUAUGAAAAAGUUGCCAACAUCCUUCGAGACGACUGCACGUUCCUGGCUGCCUUCGGUGCCGUCUCUGAGUCUGAGCGCUUCAGUGGAGACAAUGUGAUUUACAAACCUCUGGGCGAAAACAUUCCUGACAUGGUCUACCUCGGCUCACUCACCAACUUCGACCUGACGUACGCCUGGGCCCAGGACAAGUGUGUGCCUCUGGUUAGGGAGAUCACCUUCGAAAAUGGAGAGGAGCUGACAGAAGAAGGGAUCCCUUUCCUCAUUUUGUUCCAUAUUAAAGAAGACACAGAGAGUUUAGAGAAGUUCCAGCAAGAAGUAGCUCGCCAGCUCAUCAGCGAGAAAGGCUCGAUAAACUUUCUUCACGCGGACUGCGACAAGUUCCGCCAUCCUCUGCUGCACAUUCAGAAAACACCAGCCGACUGUCCCGUCAUCGCCAUAGACUCAUUCCGACACAUGUAUGUCUUCCCAGACUUCAAAGACGUCAACAUCCCUGGCAAACUGAGACAGUUUGUUUUGGACCUCCACUCUGGUAAACUUCACAGAGAGUUCCACCACGGCCCUGACCCCACAGACAGCACGCCCGGACAGCAGGAGGAUUUGGGCGGCGUCGCAGCCAGCAGUCCUCCAGAGAGCUCGUUCCAGAAGCUGGCGCCCAGCGAGACCCGCUACACCAUCCUGGGACGGGACCGCGACGAGCUGUGACCCCAGCGGCCUUCCAGCGGUCCUGUGACUGAAUGCCACGCCCCAGGGUCAAGGGGGGGGGGUUGGGUUGGGACAGGCCAGCGGGACAGAACAGCAACACCCAACAACCCUUACUGAAGAAAGAGCAUCGGAGAGAGAGAGAGUGAAGGAGGAAGACGGAUGAAGAGGAGGGAAGAACAACGGGAGGUGGUGGAGAGUGCAGUCCAUGACACAGCCAUCUUGGAAUAACCUAUAUUUUCAUAACUCUAUCCUGUAAUAUUUUAUUUUGAAUUAAAAGGGAGGGGGCUAAAGAAGGAAACGUGUGGACGGGGGGAGGGGAGGGUGGAGUAGAGGCUUUAGGACACCGAGUCUUUUUACUUUUUUUUUUCUUUAUCUUUUUUUUUUUUUUGGAGGUUGUAAAUAUGUUUGUGCUGCAUUGGAAUCUCAAUGUUGGUCUAAAUUAAAUGCAGAGUUUUCUUUAUUUUAUUAAUUUUCUUUUUCCAUCACCCUGCUUUUUGUAGAAGAGAAAGAGGGAGAGAACAAGAGCAGUUUCCUCACUCCAGUUGUAUGGUUCUUAUCUGUGGGUAGUCCAGUCCAGCCUGUCCGACAGGAGAUGCUUCGUUAGUUUUUUUUUUCUGACCUCAUGGCUGCAUCUCAAUAUGACCGACUCCUGUCUGAUUCAUUUGUCUAAUUCAUUUGUACAGCACAAGUCAUGAUGGAUGUGUCUGUUUGAAGUAGCUUCAUCUCCAUUAUCUUCCACACACCGCCUAGAUGAAACACUUGAUAGGAGUAGCAUUAUUUUUAAAUCAUUGCUCAUGAGUGAAGUGAAGAUAAAAAGACAGUGCUGCUGAGAUGCUGCCCCCACUCCCUCCCCCCACCUGUCUCCUCUCCUGGGUAUGUUUGGUACCAUGGUUCUAGAUUAUGAUGUCUUUUUACAGUGCUUUACUUUUUAUGUUUUACUUUUUUACAAUAUAUGGAUAUAAUUAGUGGAUAUAGUUUUUUUUUUUUUUUCUGGCACCAGUCACCACAAAAGACAAUUGGAGCUUCUUUUUAUUUAUUUAUUUUUUUUCCCCCCAUACAAAGUAACUCAAAAUUCUGGUAAGCUCCGCAAAAACACACCAUCCCCAGCAUGAAGCCUGGUGGUGGCAGCAUCAUGCUGUGUGAAGGCUCGCUGCAGCCUGCCCCGGACGCUUUGUGACAGUCAGCGACGGGUUCAGUAGCACAGAGGGAAAAUCUGAGCAUCAAAUUAGAAGCCAAAUGAGCAGCGGAGGAGGAGGGAAAUGGAAACAAACCCUUUUUCCUGCAUUGUGAAAAAAACCGACUUAAAUUUAAACCUGAAUCUGGCAGAAUGAUGGUUUUUCUUCUGUAAUCCGAUCAAGCAAAGAGAUGUGAGAGGGUGGGUGGUGACAGGCCGAUCCUCAUGCGGCUGCCAAAAUAAGAAUGAUCUUAUUGACAUGAACACUGUGGUUGACCGCCACCUCUUUAAUGUCCGCAGCUCUCGAUUAACCCAGUGGAUGUUAAAACGCAUUGUGACCACUGGAUUUAUGUAGACGGAACAGCUACCACAGUUCCAGACUAUAUAUGAAGACUUCAAAUUUAUGCAUCGACUGAGCUUGAGAGAAGUUCUAAUGGAUCCCAACAGCAGCUGUCAUUUUAAAAAGAAUUCUGACAUGCUAUUAAAAACAUCGAUCUAGAAGUGAGAUGAAGGCCGAAUCGCUGAAAACCGCUCUCAAGCAUUUUUAAGAUGCAACUAAUGGAUAAACGUUUGAGGGUUUUUUUUUUUUUUUUGCUAUUUCUGCACAAAGUAUGUCAAUUAAAUAAGACAAAUUCUAAUUAAAUCCACAGCUGUAAAAUGGUAAAAUAUUAAAGAGAUCAAAUGUGUGCUGGGUACUUUUCGUAGCCACGGUAUUUCCAUUAAAAAGGCCAGGUUGUGUUCAUGUGAAUCAAAAUAGGGGGAAAACAUGUUUGAGAUGGUGUAUCUCAACACGAUCACGGAUUUAUGAAAUGGCUGUUUUUGCUGUUCCUUGUUUUCAAAUGUGUCGUCACGCUGGGAGACAAACAGCUGCGUCUUUUCCAAUGUUUAAAAAAAAAAAAGGAUGAACAAGAGAAAAGGUGGAAGCCCUUGCGAUGAAUGGUGGAAAUUUUGUCUGCCACUUUAUACGAGUUCUCUUAAAACCGGUUUUGUCUCUUUAUAUGUCUUUGAGGUUUUGGUACAAGUUUUAGAUUCCUGAGAGUGGAAAAA